UACGUUUUCUCGUGAGCCACACAACUCAUUCACGUACUGAAAAGGCGCUUAUGUUAUUUUGCCAACAAGGUCUCCGCAAGCGAUUAAGGGAUUUGAAGGUCUUAAAUCCUACUCUGAACUCGUUAGACUGCUUUGUGAUCGGGUAAUUGAGUCUUUCUGCUGAUCCCCUCGCCCAUUCACCCGCCCACACCCUGUGGCCAGGCGUUAGUGUAGUUCAGGCAUUCCUACAGGUGGAUUAUUCCCCAUGGACACACCACGCCGCCAUGUCCAACUCAGAGACUUGCUGUUUCUCUCUGGAAAAAUGUACGCAUCGCCCCAGCUUCUUCUCGUAGUCAGUUGAACUGAUCAGUCGGACUGAAGUCAUGUUUUGUGAGAUACAGCUCUGAAGCGUGAAUUUGCUGGACUCUUGGUGUUACAGCUCAACAAUCCAAAUGUAGUGCCUAGUUCAAGACGUUCGGAAGGAAAACUUUAACGCAAGGACUUCUCGUCAGCAAAGAUGCUAGAAGAAGGAAGAAAACAUGCAUGCGAAUAAAAGCACGUUUGAGAUCCUGCGGGAGAACUUCCUGGGCAGCGAGAGCAUGCUGACCGCUGUCGGGCAGGACUCGGCACGGGUCGCCCGCACGGGGGCGCAGUCACAAUCACUCUUCAGUAACAUCAUCUCCGAGAAAAGGAACCUCGGCAAAAAGCUGGAUACGUGGUACCGCCAGCACAACAACGCCAUGGUACAGAUGAACCGAGACCAGCGCCCCCUGUACGUUUCCCUCAUGAAGACAGCCACCAAGCGGAAGAAGCUGGAAGUGGAGCGGGAGCGGCGGCGGCAGGAGCGAGCCCGCCAGCUGGCCAAGGAGCUUCCUCCGAUCUCGGAAUCUGCAGCUAAUAGUGAUGUCCUGGACCUCACAAAGAAGACAGAAGCACAACCAUCUCACAACAACGAUGGGAGAGCACAACCAGCCGCCCUUGUCGUGGAAGGUCACAUUGGACACGACUUUAUGGGGACGAGCCACAAUCCGGAAAAUCCGGAGCGCUCGCCCGGCAGCCCUUUCCUCGAUGUUCCGGAUUCCUUCCACCCAGGGAGGAGAAAGUCUUCCAUACAAGAAGAGACGGCGUCGUUAUUGUCUUCUCUGCAGAAGACUUAUGAUAUCCAACCUUCAAACGGAGAAGAUGUCUUAAAGGAAAACGAUUCAAAAGCGAACAGACAAGACAAGGAAGGAACAAAUAGCAAGAAGAAGAAAGGGAAUAGAAAUAAGAAAGGAAGAACUUCCAAAAAGACUUUACCGCCUUUGGGUGACAGAUCGCAAGACGAAAAUAUGUCAUUAAACUCCAAACUGUCUGACGACGAUGAGUCGAGUGUCAGUGAAAGAACGACUGUCGACGGUAGACCACAAACGACAGAUCAGCAAGAAAAUACGUUACCCAGAAUUCCCUCAGAUGACGUGAUUGACGUUGUCACAGCGACAAAUGAUCCCAAGUCGCGAUUGGACGACAAAAAUGACAACAAUAACGAGAAUCUUACCUCAAGUUCGGUUGAAAACACGAAAGACCUUCAAAAGGAGUCCAAGAAAAAGAAGGACAAAGACAAAGGAAAGCAGAGCAGGAAAAAUUCAACGGGAGCGAAACAUUUGUCUGUCCCACAAGGGUCUGUAUGUGGGAGCUCUUCUACGGGGAGUCUUUGGCGGAAGAAGAAGAAGAAACUCCCAGACAACUACGAGGUUACCGUGUACAAAAAGGAAGCAAACGGGGACUUCACGCCGGAGCAGAAACACAUUUCUACAAAAGUAGAUAUCUAUGACUACUUUAAGGUUCCACAGAGAAGAGAAAGACUGACAAGACAAAAGUUACUAGAAGACGUCCGGAGAAAGGAGCAACAGCAAAGGGAAAAAGUCAGCUGUUUUCUUAAGAAAAUGGACGAUGAAGCCAAUCAGCAGCCUGUGAUCGUUGUGGAGAGGCAGGAUGACGACAGUGGAGGUCUGCUCAUGCGUCAGUCCAAGCGCCUCCUAGCGCCCACCCCGAGAGAUACACUAACGGCACAGAUGAACGAGAUGGAGAAAAUACGCUCACACUGCAGGUACGUCCGUAUCUACCACCGUCCGUCCGAGCUGCAGGACUGGCAGAGGAAGGGGCCUCGGCUGACGAGCUGGGCUGCAAAUGCAAAAGACGCAGUACUAUGAUGUUGACAAACAGACAUUGGUUCCGUCCAAAUGCAUGCAAUCAAAUACAUGUAAUCACCACGGACGAAAAAAAAGUUUAAAGUAUACCCGGACUUUCUAAAGCUGCAGCAAAUUUCAUUCGCAAAUUCUGUUCAUCAAGCAUUCAAAGCUAGAAGAAUUGUUCUACAGUAUGAAAGUACCAGAACAUGUACAUGCGUUUAGUGUAAAUUGCAUGUUUCAAUACGUAGAAUCAAGAGCUCGAGCCAUAUUUACGACCGUCCUUCUCCUCAUGUUGCCAUGGAGGUCUAUUAUAAAGCAUGUAAAGUUCUUUAACAAGGAAAUUCACAGGAGAAAUAUAUUUUUCAAACGACAUGUCUAGAAAUUCAUGAAUGACAUUAGGACUGCUAUGCAUGAUUAAACAAACUUGAACUUGAAUGAUCUUAUGAAUAAAAGGUAUCGUCCAACACUACUGUAAAUAUGUCCACAGCUAACUGUUUUAAAAGUAAAUCUGCUAUUUUAAUACA